AUGCCAGUGGGGGUGCGGCCUCUGCUGCUGGCCCUGAUGGGGGCGCGGCUGCUGCUGCCGUGCGGCGGCGACACCCCUCGGCGCGAGAUCAAGAUCGACGGCGACCUGGUGCUGGGCGGCCUGUUCCCCAUCCACGAGAAGGGCCUGGGCAUGGACGAGUGCGGCCGCAUCAACGAGGAGCGCGGCAUCCAGCGGCUGGAGGCCAUGCUGUUCGCCAUCGACCGCAUCAACGAGGACAUGUCGCUGCUGCCCGGCGUGCAGCUGGGCGUGCACAUCCUGGACACGUGCUCGCGCGACACCUACGCCCUGGAGCAGGCGCUGGAGUUCGUGCGCGCCUCGCUCACCAAGGUGGACGACACCGAGUUCAUCUGCCCCGACGGCUCGUACGCGCUGCAGGAGGACAGCCCGCUGGCCAUCGCCGGGGUCAUCGGAGGCUCCUACAGCAGCGUGUCCAUACAGGUUGCCAACUUGCUGCGCCUCUUCCAGAUCCCCCAGAUCAGCUACGCCUCCACCAGCGCCAAGCUGAGCGACAAGAGCCGCUACGACUACUUCGCCCGCACCGUGCCGCCCGACUUCUACCAGGCCAAGGCCAUGGCCGAGAUCCUGCGCCUCUUCAACUGGACCUACGUGUCCACGGUGGCGUCGGAGGGCGACUACGGCGAGACGGGCAUCGAGGCCUUCGAGCAGGAGGCGCGCCUGCGCAACAUCUGCAUCGCCACCUCCGAGAAGGUGGGCCGCUCCAGCUCCAAGCGCUCGUCCUACGAGGCGGUGGUGCGGCAGCUGCAGCAGAAGCCCAACGCGCGCGUGGCCGUGCUCUUCCUGCGCAGCGACGACGCGCGAGAGCUGCUGGCGGCCGCCGCCCGCCUCAACGCCUCCUUCCUGUGGGUGGCCAGCGACGGCUGGGGCGCGCAGGAGAGCAUCGUCAAGGGCAACGAGGCCACGGCCGACGGGGCCAUCACGCUGGAGCUGGCCGCGCACGCCGUCCCCGAGUUCAACCGCCACUUCAUGCGUCUGCAGCCCGAGAACAACGCGCGCAACCCCUGGUACCGGGACUUCUGGGAGCAGAAGUUCCAGUGCUCCCUCGGGGGCAGUACCAGCGGCGGGGGCAGUACCAGCGGCGGCGGCGGCGGCGGGGGGGUCACUCUCGGCGCGUCCCUGAAGCCGUGCGAACGCGGCCUGGCCGUGGACGACUCCAACUUCGAGCCGGAGUCCAAGAUCAUGUUCGUGGUGAACGCGGUGUACGCCAUGGCGCACGCCCUCCACCGCAUGCAGAGGGCGCUGUGCUCCAACACCACGCUGCUCUGCGACGCCAUGCGCAGCCUGGACGGCAGGAAGCUCUACCGGGACUUCCUGCUCAACGUCAGCUUCCGAGCUCCUUUCUCGCCCGCUGGCACGGAGAGCGUGGUGAAGUUCGACGCCUACGGCGACGGCAUGGGCCGCUACAACAUCUACAACUACCAGCGCUCGGCGGGCGGCGACCGCUACCAGUACGCGCAGGUGGGCGAGUGGGCGGAGACGCUGUCGCUCAACGAGGCCCUGAUCGGCUGGCCGCGCGGCGGCGCCGUGCCCACCUCGCAGUGCAGCGACCCGUGCGCCCGCAACGAGAUGAAGAAGAUGCAGGCGGGCGAGUACUGCUGCUGGAUCUGCACGGCGUGCGAGCCCCACGAGUACCUGUCCGACGAGUUCACCUGCGCGCCCUGCCCGCCCGGCCAGUGGCCCGACGAGGACCUGAGCGGCUGCUACGACCUGCCCGAGGACUACAUCAUGUGGGAGGACGCCUGGGCCGUCGGGCCCAUCUCCAUCGCCUGCCUGGGCUUCGUGUGCACGCUGCUGGUGCUGGGCGUGUUCGUGCGGCACAACGACACGCCGCUGGUCAAGGCGUCGGGCCGCGAGCUCUGCUACAUCCUGCUGCUGGGCGUCUGCCUGUCCUACGUCAUGACCUUCGUCUUCAUCGCCAAGCCGUCGCCGGCCGUGUGCACGCUGCGGCGCCUGGGCCUGGGCACGUCCUUCGCCGUCUGCUACUCGGCGCUGCUGACCAAGACCAACCGCAUCUCGCGCAUCUUCAACGGGGUCAAGGAGGGCGCGCAGCGGCCGCGCUUCAUCAGCCCCAGCUCGCAGGUCUUCAUCUGCCUGUCGCUCAUCUCCGUGCAGCUGCUGCUGGUGUCGGUGUGGAUGCUGCUGGAGGUCCCCGGGACGCGGCGCUUCACGCUGCCCGAGCGCCGGCAGACGGUCAUCCUCAAGUGCAACGUGCGCGACUCCAGCAUGCUGCUGUCGCUCUCCUACGACGUGCUGCUGGUCGUGCUGUGCACCGUCUACGCCUUCAAGACGCGCAAGUGCCCCGAGAACUUCAACGAGGCCAAGUUCAUCGGCUUCACCAUGUACACCACCUGCAUCAUCUGGCUGGCCUUCCUGCCCAUCUUCUACGUCACCUCCAGCGACUACAGGGUCCAAACCACAACCAUGUGCAUCUCGGUCAGUCUGAGCGGCUUCGUGGUCCUGGGCUGCAUGUUCGCUCCGAAGGUCCACAUCAUCAUGUUCCAGCCCCAGAAGAAUGUGACCAGCCACCGGCUCAACCUCAACCGCUUCAGCGUGAGUGGACCGGCCACCACGUACGCGUCACACGCCUCAGUAAGUGCUCACUACGUCCCGACCGUGUGUAACGGCAGAGAGAUUGUUGACUCCACCACAUCCUCCCUGUGACUCCACUCUUCACUGACUGACUGCUUUGCAGCGACUGUUAGCCAAUCAGCACACUUUGUGCUCCAUCCAUGAACUAGCUCCCGCCCACAGUAUGUAGAAAAAAACAAGGUGUAUUAUUAUUGUUACUAUGGAGAUGAUUGAUGUUGUUAAAUUAUUUUUUAGGGGCCUGUACAUAUUAACUGACAUUGUUGUAGAGAAACGAAAGAACAAAAAAAAACUUUCUAGGAUGAUUUUGGAAACUUUGUUUUCUUUUUUGAUAGCUUUGUUAUGUAUCUAUUGUACGUUGUAUAUAACCAUGAACUCCCAUUGUUGUAUGGAGUAUUUUUGAUUGGACGUAGUCACCAGAUUGAUCUGCUACGCCUGCAAUAUUGGACAAACUUACAGUAUUUUUGUUUUGUUUUUUUUUCUCUGUUUUGUAGAGCUCAUUGUAAUAAUAAACAUGUAUGUAUUUGUAUGUUGUACAUAAUUUGUAUAUACUACUGAAGAUGGUUUGAACAGCACAAGCUGACAGCAUUAAACAAACUGAGAAGAGGCCUAGCAAGCAGAGAGAGGGUGCUGCUGAGUUUUCACCGUUGGCCCAGGAUGACUGCCAGUGUGUGAGGCGAGCUGGUGUGUUUGCUGAGAGAGAGGCAGGACUCCCUUUUGACGUCUGAGGUAGGGAUGUGUAGAGAUUAGUGCGUGCCCAUGCCUCCACAGUCUGUGCUUUCAUCGCUACACCACAUGGGAAACGAGUGUUUUUUAGUUUGUUUGUGUUUUUUUUUUUUUUUUGGUAAAAGCGUUAAUGUUGUGUUAAAAGACACUUCUCUGUGCCUUACCGUACGUCUUGUAGUUUUUUCUACGCUGGCUUCUACUGUACAGGUUGCGUGUGCAUGUAGAAAUGAGGGAGGCGGGGCCAGCUUUAUACAGAGGAAGGGAUUUUGCAUUCACCCAUUUUUACAUUUCUCUGGCCUUGAGUGUAAAAAACACAUACUGUAUGAAAACUCACAUACUGCCAAUUCAGUUGAAAUGCCAGAUAGAUUCUUAUCCUUGGAACAGCUAUCCAUUUGCCAAACCAUCUGUUUUGUUGAUGCAUUUAUCAAUGUGAUAAACUUAAGAUAUGUACAAUAAUACCUUUGUAGCUAGAUGAUAUUGUGAACAACAGCUAACACAGUCCUAGCACAAUGUGUCCUAACAUUUAAUAGGAAAUGCAAUGACUGCAGCUGUUUGAAAACUGUAUGUGGUCAAAACGAAGUAAACAUAAGCACAGCCUUGAGACAACUACUGGAGAUGUUACAAAAAAAUAAACUUUUGGUUUU